AUCUACCCGGCCCGGUCUAUUAAAGCUUGCAUAUAUAUACGUCUCUUUUAGCCGCCUGCUACUCUUGUUAGGGUUUUGUUCACUCUCUGUGCUUGUUGCGGUAAUCCGUAGAAACCUGUUAGAGCGUUUCUUGGAAUCAUCCAAUCAUGAGUAAGCUUCAGAGUGAGACAUUGAGAGAGGCUAUCUCUACUAUUAUGGCUGCUUCUGUGGAGAAGAAGCGUAACUUCACUGAGACAAUUGAGCUCCAGAUUGGACUGAAGAACUAUGAUCCUCAAAAGGAUAAGCGUUUCAGUGGCUCUGUGAAGUUGCCUCACAUCCCCUCCCCUCGCCCUCAAUGGCAUUUGCAUGCUGGAGAUGCUCGAUGUGUGAUUGGUUAAUUUUUGUGUGGGCAGGCUGAGGCAAUAGGACUACAAUGGAUGGAUGUGGAAGCAUUGAAGAAGCUAAACAAGAACAAAAAAUUGGUUAAGAAACUUGCCAAGCAGUACCAUGCCUUCUUGGCUUCAGAAUCUGUCAUCAAGCAGAUUCCUCGUCUUCUGGGCCCUGGUCUGAACAAGGCAGGUAAAUUUCCUACCCUUGUGACCCAUCAGGAGUCCCUAGAGUCUAAAGUGAAUGAAACAAAGGCAACAGUGAAAUUCCAAUUAAAGAAAGUGCUCUGCAUGGGAGUUGCUGUUGGCAACUGUGCUAUGGAGGAGAAGCAAGUCUUCCAAAAUGUGCAAAUGAGCGUCAAUUUUCUUGUUUCCUUGUUGAAGAAGAACUGGCAAAAUGUGAAGUGCCUAAACGUCAAGACUACAAUGGGUAACCCAGUUCGCAUCUUUUAAGGAGCAGCUUAUUUGGAGUUUUGAGAUUUUUACGAGAUGUAGCAUUCCAGUUACCUGUAGAAGUGUCUUACUUUAAAGAUCACAUUUUCUUCUUGGAUUGUUGUUAUUUUUGUUUUGUUGGAAUUGCUAGUAAAAUUGAAAUGCUUGAUUAUAGUUUUUUAUUAGAGAGAUGAGAACUUCGUUUCCUGUGCUUGCAGUAGAUUUUUAAUGCUAUCAGUUAUGUCAUUAUGUGAUGA